CUGGCAGGUCAGCUGCUCUGUGUUUCAGUCUGAAGCCGUUGGCUGCUACUGAACCGCUUGGCUCUUUUCUCUACUAGCGAGCAAACCUACAAUCUAGACCCAACUGUCCAUCCAGCUCAUUUUUAAGGGAAUUUAUUAUUAUAUAUGCCCGUGUAUCCAAAACACAUCGGUCAUUGGGGAUUCCUAGCACCGUUUGGCCGGGUCUGAGGGCCGUUAUAACGCUUUUUCGAGGUUUAAUUAGAGAUAGAAAACAACGGUGGUGGUGGAGGAGGAGAUUCCAUAUUAGGAGCACAGAGGAGAAGGCACCCCCCUUGUGUGAUUUGGAGCUUUUGCCACAGUCACAGUCUCACCAACCCUGUCAGGAGGAACAGAGGAGACAAUGGAAAUGAUGUUUAGAAGGACAGAGGCUCAGAAAGAAUCAAGGUUCUGAGCCCAUGGUUUAAGGUCCUGACUGAACAUACUGGUGGUGCAUACAGACUUACUACUGUGGCUAGGUGUGUGCGUGCUGACCUCAUGGUGAAACGGGAAUAAAGAUGAGCAUUAGCAGUGAUGAGGUCAACUUCCUGGUCUACAGAUACCUACAGGAGUCAGGGUUCUCCCACUCAGCGUUUACGUUUGGUAUAGAGAGUCACAUCAGCCAGUCCAACAUCAAUGGUGCUCUGGUUCCCCCUGCUGCCCUCAUCAGCAUCAUCCAGAAGGGCCUGCAGUACGUCGAGGCUGAAGUCAGCAUCAAUGAGGACGGCACGUUAUUUGACGGACGACCCAUAGAAUCUCUGUCCCUGAUUGAUGCGGUGAUGCCUGACGUCGUUCAGACAAGGCAGCAGGCCUACCGGGACAAAAUGGCCCAACAGCAGGCCGCUGCUUCAGCAACGGCAUCGGCCACCGGAGGCAGCAUCUCCAGCAACGCCAAGAACGGAGAGAAUACUGCCAACGGGGAGGAGAACGGAGCCCACGCCUUAGCUAACAACCAUGCAGACCUGAUGGAGGUGGACGGAGACGUGGAGAUCCCUCAGAACAAGGCCAUGGUUUUGAGGGGGCACGAGUCAGAGGUCUUCAUCUGUGCCUGGAACCCAGUCAGUGACCUGCUGGCAUCGGGGUCAGGUGAUUCGACGGCUCGUAUCUGGAACCUCAGUGAGAACAGUACAAGCAGCUCCACACAGCUGGUCCUGAGACACUGCAUACGAGAGGGAGGACAGGACGUCCCCAGCAACAAAGAUGUCACCUCGCUAGACUGGAAUAGUGAGGGCACGCUGCUAGCAACGGGCUCCUAUGAUGGCUUUGCAAGAAUAUGGACGAAAGAUGGAAACCUAGCCAGCACACUUGGCCAACACAAAGGUCCCAUCUUCGCCCUGAAGUGGAAUAAAAAAGGCAAUUUUAUCCUGAGUGCAGGAGUAGAUAAGACAACAAUCAUAUGGGACGCCCAUACAGGAGAAGCCAAACAACAGUUUCCCUUCCAUUCAGCUCCAGCACUAGAUGUGGACUGGCAGAGCAACAAUACGUUUGCCUCCUGUAGUACGGACAUGUGCAUCCAUGUCUGUAAACUGGGACAGGACAGACCCAUUAAAACAUUCCAGGGACACACAAAUGAAGUUAAUGCAAUCAAGUGGGAUCCCACAGGGAACCUGCUCGCCUCCUGCUCAGACGACAUGACGUUGAAGAUUUGGAGUAUGAAGCAGGACUCGUGUGUGCACGACCUGCAGGCCCACAGUAAAGAAAUAUACACCAUCAAAUGGAGUCCAACCGGCCCUGGAACCAACAAUCCCAGCGCUAACCUCAUGCUAGCCAGUGCAUCGUUUGACUCCACAGUUCGUCUCUGGGACGUGGAGAGAGGCAUCUGUAUCCAUACACUGACUAAACACCAGGAGCCAGUCUACAGUGUGGCUUUCAGCCCAGACGGUCGGCAUCUGGCCAGUGGCUCCUUUGACAAAUGCGUGCACAUCUGGAAUACGCAGACGGGCGCUUUAGUCCACAGUUACAGAGGGACGGGGGGAAUCUUUGAGGUUUGCUGGAAUGCAGCAGGGGACAAAGUGGGAGCCAGUGCAUCAGACGGAUCUGUGUGUGUACUAGACCUUCGGAAAUAGUGCUGCUGUUUGUUGGAAGCCAUGGACCGACCAUGAAUGUGUACAUAGCCAAAUGACUGUCCCUGCCUGCCCUGCGUACUGCUCACGCUUACGACUAUGGCCCCGCCCACCCACAGACAGGAAGCAGGAAACAGGAACAGGACGCAAGCAAGCACCCGACACAGCAGGUCCAGACACAGGGAUGAACAGAUGGGACGGACAGACAAGACGGACGGAUGGAUAAAUGGGCGGACGGAAGCGCCCCUCUCUAUCUGUGCAGACUCUUCCAGAGAUGCAGAAGGGACGCGGUGAAAAAAGAAAAAAAACGAUAGACAAAAAAAAGUUACAGAUCCAUAUAUGUACCAAAAUUUGGACGCUAUUUUGCUUUUUUUUUUUUUUUUUGAUCUUCAAACCAUGCUCAUCGUCAUCAAAAUGAAAAACAAUGAAAAAAGUGUUAAUCUUUGUUACUAGUUGGAUCUCAUUGUGCAGACAUAUCAACUUCUCCACCAUAAAAUAGGAUGGCACUUAGUUUUUUUUUAAAUUUCAGAUCUCUUGUUUCAGUGUUUUUAUAUUUUUUAUCUCUUGGGGAGGGGGAAGGGGGGCCGGUCAGGUCAGACUUUUAUUAGUUGGAGAAGUGCAUACAAACACAAUGAAAAAUGCACACCAAACAGUUCUCCUUGUCACGGUUUUUCAGAGCGUCGUGGCUUCUCUUUCAUGUGUUUUAGUAGUGGUUUCUGCAGUUGUCAGUGGGUCAUACGGUUAGCCUCAGAAUGCAGUGAUUCCUGUGUUGUCUUCCCUAGAGGACAAACUAUUACAUCCACCUGCCACAGCACGCACGUCUAAAAAAAACAACUCUGCGCACUAUUUGAUCUGGAUGGUUUUACCAACAGCUCUCCUCUCUGGACUCUUGGGCCAAAGCAGUUAUCUGUCUGGUUAAAAAUGGGAAGAAGCUGACGUCCACUUGUCUGAAUGUUCAGGUAAUGCAACAGGCCCCAUCUCAGUCUACAUACUGUAAUCAGCCAGUAGGAUUCCAGCAGUUUGUUUUUGUUUUUGGACUUUUUUUUUUUUUUUUUUUACAUAUUUACAGCAGUAACUGUACUGUGCACUAUGAACAGUGUCCUCCUCUACAUUGCAAUUUUUUUUUUUAUAAACAUUUCUAAUUUGUUUUACCCUCUGAGGCCUCAAAUCAUCCAACACAUAAAACAAUCUCAGUGAGUUAAACCACAGAGUGUAGAGCCAAUGAGACAUCCAGAGUAAAAACAAAACAAAA